AUGACUUGGAAACCACCGAAAAGAUUUGCAAAAUGCAUGCUGUCUCAUUAUCGAGUAAUAAUAUACGAAAACGAAACAGAAGUGAUAAAAACGGAAACAACCGCCUUGAAGUAUUCUUACUUCGGUUUUAAGUCAACCAGCCAGUAUCAGAUUGGAGUAACUCCAGCCUUUCUUUGUGAAGGCAAUGGCAGCAUUACAGUAUAUGGAAAAGCGUGGGAGGAAAAUGUAUCUGGAAUUCCAAAUAUUUCGAACUCAUACCUUGAGGCGUCUGAAAACGAAAAGAUUACAGUUGCAUGUCCAUUCCUUAGUAGAUCCAACUAUCACAUUUCUAAAGUAAUACAAUGGGAGCACAGAUUGGGAAUAAAUAAAAUACAGAUAAGAAAGUUUACUUCAAGAGAAAUUAAUCUUUUUUAUCUGUCAUACAUGGAUAUGGGAGAAUAUUACUGUACUGUAAACUACAAAUCGUGCGGGAGUAUAUCUGGAACGGUUGUGUCUGAAAGGAGCAUUGUUUUUGUAGCUGUAAAAGGACCACCGAUAAUCGCUUCGCUUUCAGAGAAAGAAAGAAUUAGUCGUAAACUUUCCUUGAAUGUGAUAAGUUUACCAUCGCCAGACAGCAAUGUUAGCAUCACGAACAGUAAAGGGACUGAAUUAUCCACAUCAUCUGCAAGAAUAAGACCGGGAUUGGUGAAUUAUACAGCGUACGGAAUCAAUGUUCAAAUAAAGGGAUACAAAAUGGAUAUUGUGAUCGAACAUGCAGAAAUUGAAUGGUUUGGAGAAAUCAUUGUAAUUGUUUCAAACAAGCUGGGAUCUGGGAAAUACAGAUUAAUGGUUAAAAAAAGUCAUGAGAGCUUUUUUGAUGAAAGUGAAGUACUACCGCUAGGCACUGUGAGUGGUUUGAUCAUCGUCUCUGUUGCCAUCAUUCUCAUUUGUUUUAUCAAGAAAAGAACAGAGCACAGUUUCUGUUUGUCUAAAGAAAAACAACAACACAUACCUAUCCAGUUAGCAGAUCAACUGUAUUCCAGACAUCGUUCUCUCAAUCAGAAUAUUGUGCAACUCGGGGAUAGUCAUGGAGCUCAUCAAAGAGGAUCCAACCUCUAA